CUGAAAAUGAGAGAAGUAAUUUCCCUACAUUUGGGUCAGGCAGGCUGUCAAAUCGGUAAUGCUUGCUGGGAACUCUACUGUAUAGAACACGGGAUCCAGCCCGAUGGGAAUAUGCCCGGCGAUACGACUCUCGGUGGCGGAGACGACUCUUUCAACACAUUCUUCUCAGAAACAGGGAGCGGGAAACAUGUUCCCCGAGCAGUCUUCGUGGACUUGGAGCCGACUGUAGUCGACGAAAUUCGGACUGGGACCUACAGACAGCUCUUCCAUCCCGAGCAGCUCAUAACGGGCAAGGAGGACGCGGCGAACAACUAUGCGAGAGGACAUUAUACCAUUGGCAAGGAACUGAUUGAUCUGGUGCUCGACAGGAUCCGCCGUGUAGCCGAUUUAUGCUCAGGACUCCAAGGCUUCUUGAUUUUUCACUCUUUCGGUGGCGGCACCGGGUCGGGAUUCACUUCCCUUCUGAUGGAAAGGCUCUCAGUCGACUACGGCAAAAAAGCAAAGUUGGAAUUCUGUGUCUACCCAGCCCCGCAGGUGUCGACGGCUGUCGUCGAGCCGUACAACUCCGUGCUGACCGCUCACUGCACCCUUGAGCAUUCGGACUGCGCCUUCAUGGUCGACAAUGAGGCCAUCUACGACAUCUGUCGCAAAUAUCUCGACAUCGCGAGACCGACCUAUACGAGUCUGAACCGGCUGAUAGGGCAAAUCGUGUCAUCCAUCACGGCCUCGCUCCGCUUCGAUGGAGCUCUCAACGUGGACCUCAACGAGUUCCAGACCAACCUGGUUCCCUACCCGCGGAUCCAUUUCCCAUUGGUGACCUAUGCUCCCGUCAUUUCAGCCGAGAAAGCCUACCACGAACAGCACAGCGUUUCAGAGAUCACGAACGCCUGCUUCGACCCGAAUCUGCAGAUGGUGAAAUGCGACCCGCGUAACGGAAAGUACAUGGCGUGUUGCCUUCUCUACCGAGGCGACGUCGUACCUAAAGACGUGAACGCGGCCAUCGCGGCAAUCAAGACCAAGCGAACCAUCCAGUUCGUCGACUGGUGCCCGACGGGAUUCAAAGUCGGGAUAAACUAUCAGCCGCCCGCCGCGGUUCCGGGCGGCGACACGGCCAAAGUGCCGCGCGCGGUCUGUAUGCUCUCGAACACUACGGCGAUCGUGGAAGCGUUUUCGCGACUCGAUCACAAGUUCGAUUUGAUGUACGCCAAACGGGCUUUCGUUCAUUGGUACGUAGGAGAAGGGAUGGAGGAAGGCGAGUUCUCGGAAGCUCGCGAAGAUUUAGCCGCGCUGGAAAAGGAUUACGAGGAAGUCGGGGUCGAUUCGAACGAUGGAGAAGAAGGAGAAGAAUACUGA